GAAAUGAAAUGAAAUGAAGACUUCUUCCAAAAAUACCAUAAAGAACAUGAACAUUAAGUCAUUCCCUGGGAGAACGUAUUGGUAAUAUAAACCAUCAACAAAGAAUUAUGUCAUGAACUUCUAUAAAUCUAUGAGGCAAAUGCCUAAAUACAACUGAAAAAUGUGCACGAGAUGUGGACUGGUAUUUCACAGCAGAGAAAAUACGGAUGGCACAUAGCCCAAAGUGGUUCUAUUUCCUUAGUCAUCAGGGAAAUACCAAGUUGGACCACACUGAGAUAUCAUUUAUUUCCACCAUCUUGCCAUGUCCUGUGUUGGGGAGAAAGAGAAAAAGUGGGGUACACACUUACCCUUGCUGGUGGAAACGUACACUGGUACAGCCAAUGCUUCUGUUGGUACACCGCACAAACAUUUAGAUAAUCUUGAAGGCUUUCCAAUACACAAGGUGAUUUUUAUGAGCUGUUCAUAUGAAUUCACAAUUUUUAAAAAAAGUGGAAAGCAACUGAAUAGGAAAACGAUGGAUAUUAAUAGCAGUGAGAAAUGACUGAACGUCAAUUAUGUGCCAUAAUACAGGCGAAUCUUAGAAACAUAACGCUGAGUGAACAUAGCAAGUUGCAGACUCCCAUUAGGUAUGAUGCCAUUUUUAUAAGCCUAAAAAUCCAAAUUUCACCAAUAUGUUAUUCAGUUACACACACAUGUGAUGAAAUUGUUUCAAAAGAAAGAGAAUGAAGGGCGUAAAAUUCAGGAUGUGGGUUCCUUUAGGGGCGGAACGAGGGCAGGGAGGGGGACAGAGGAGUUAGGAUGGAUGCAAGUGAUUGACUGGGUUAUGGGUUCACCCGUGUUAUUUGUUUUACAGCAUAUGUACCUUCUUCUGUGUCUUCUCAUGCUGUGUAACAACUGAACCAGUAGCUGACGUCAGCGAAGUGGCAACAGAAGCCUGAGGAGAGAGUUAAUUGUUAACCAAGAUUUGUAGACGUGGUGCCAUGUGAAGAUAGAAAUGAGGUGCCGUCAAGAUGUGUCGGCUGGAAGGGAGACAGUUAAUACCCGAACCACUGAGGCUGCGCAGAACAAUGGCGUGUGCAGAGCGAUAGGUCUCAUGGGCUAAUUGGCUCUCAUUGAGCUGGAACCCAACAGAGACAUCACCUUGCUGUGGGUCAAGACAAUGCUGGAUUUUAAAACCGCUCUGAAAAUGAUCAAGGCGGGAUCGCCCAGUGACCUUCUCAGGGGGCAGCCAGCAGCUUGAGAAUUUCCCGUUCACCGGGGAGCAGCUGGAAGGAAGCCCCUCUCCGCGAAGGGCGCCUGCAUGGCAGGCGGCCCCCACCCAAGGAUUCACAAUGAGCGUCCCAGCGCCUCCUAAGAAGUCGUGUUAUACCGAGUUGCGGGACAGCAGCAAUGGGGUGAAAAACAAUAACGAGAGCGUCCUAAGCCUGGGCGAUACCAACGCCAACCCCAUCAUGUUGGAGGUCGGCUCCUCUCCUGCUGACGGCGAGAUUGGAAAUGCAAACUCGAGGGGGCCAGAAAACAGCAGCCGCGUCCACAAGGACUUCCACCCACUUCCGGCCUUUGGGAAGGCCCCCCAGGGCGGCCCCGCCAGCCUGAAGGAUUUUAAAUUUUCUCUGACAGUUCCAAGAGCACUGAGUGAAGAGCCCGUGCUGGAGAGGGGCGCAGAGCCCCCGCAGGGCCCUCGGGGCCUGCAGGGACCAGGUCUGCUGAGCUGGAGGACCGCUGCGGGCGAGGCCGGGCCAGAGGCUUUGGCUAAAAGGGAGGUGGAGACUCCCCGGCCUGUUCCCAAGGAUAAGCUGGCCAAGACCCUGGACAACGAGGAGUUGAGGAGGCAUUCUUUGGAGAGAGCCGGCAGCGCCUCUGUGGCCCUGGACGUGCUCACAAAGGAGCGGGCUGGGGGCCUGGCCUGGCCUCUUCCGCAGCCUGCGGUGCCCGGAGAUGGAGAGGGGCCGCAGAAGACGGGGAUGGCCCCUCCUGCAAGGCCGGCAUGUCCCCCAGCCGACAGCACCUCAGAGGGAGAGAGCGUGUGUCAUCCUAAACCAUCUACCUCAGAAGCCAAGGAGAUGCCGCCCGCCCUGGGAUGGGUCCCCCAAGUAAGCGCCCAGGGCACGGUGCCUUCUGCCCACCCAGAGGGCACUCCCGAUUCCACUCCAGCAUCCAGGGGUGUCUUGAGGCAGCCAGAAGCACAACCAGGUCAGGGCAAGGCAGAGCCUACAACGGAGCCGAAGCUCGUCCAGCCCAGGCCCGGGCAGGAGCUCAGGUACGCCCAGGUGGACGGCCCGGAAUGUGCUAAGGAGGAUGUGGUGUCACCUCUCGGGAGAAGGGAGCCGGCUGGGGAAGCACAGCAAGAAGCCUCCGGCGCUGCGUUCAGCGGCCUGGCCCACAGCGGUCCCCACCCACUGGGCGUGGGAAGAGGCAGGAGGGAGCAGGAAAAGAGAAACGAGGAGGGGUCUCUUCAGGGCACCCCCACACAGAGCCCUGCUUCCUUGGGGGCUGCUGAUCAUCAGCCCAUAGGUCGAAUUUCCCCAAGCGCAGCCAGCAGACUGGGUGACACUGUGGCAUCCAGCCGCGUUUCAGCAGGUGAUGGUCACGUGGCUUUGACUCCUGAUGAUUCGAGGGACAGCAGGCCCUUGGAUCCCAGGGCGGAGAAUGGGGUCCUGGGCCCUGGGAACGAGAACAGCCCUGGAGUUUUUAAUUCAGACCCUUCCACUGGAGGGAGCAAAGUUGGGGUCCCUGAGCCCCUUCCCGGCAGCACCUCAGAAGCCAGCGAAGGCACAGAGAUCCCUGCGUGCCCUGUCGAGACUAGGGACCGUCUAGAAAAUGCUAAGACUGAAAGCACCCCAGCGAGAACAGAACCCCUUCUCAGGGUCCCAGUGCCCCUCCACCCAGAGACAACUGUGACUGUGUCCCGCCAGCCUCCACCCCCCAGCAGCCGCGCUCAGGACCCGGGCGCCUGGAGUGUGGACGCGGGGUCCUCCCCGGCUGCCCCGCCCCCCGCCGACAGCGCGAGGUUGUCACUCGCUGCCCCGAAAGUGCCUGACAAGGGCGCCUGCCCCACCGGGAUCCCCAAGCCUGUGGCCGCCUCGCAGGAGGGGCUGGAGGGCCCCCAGCCGGAGAAGCCGGAGGAGAGGGCGGACCCCAAGGCCGUGAUCGUGCCCAAGCCCAAGCCCGUGAGGCCCAAGAUCAUCACGUACAUCAGGAGGGGCCCCCAGGCCCUGGGCCAGGUGGACGCGUCGCUGGUCCCCGUGGGCCUUCCUUACGCUCCGCCCGCGUGUGCCGUGCCGCUCCCCAAAGAGGAGAAGGGGGCGGGCGGGGACCUGAAGCCGGCGGCCGGCCUCUACGAGAAGUUCAAGCCGGACUUGCAGAGGCCCCGGGUGUUCAGCUCCGGGCUGGUGGUGUCUGGGAUCAAGCCCCCGGGACACCCCUUCGGUCAAAUGAGUGAAAAGUUUCUGCAGGAGGUUGCAGAACGCCCUGGAAAAGAGGAAUUUUGUUCUCCUCCCUAUACGCACUAUGAAGUUCCUCCAACCUUCUAUCGAUCGGCCAUGCUCCUUAAGCCCCAGUUGGGAUUGGGCGCGAUGUCACGUUUACCGUCUGCCAAGAGUCGGAUCCUGAUCGCAAGUCAGAGGUCUUCAGCGAGCGCCAUCCACCCGCCAGGAACCCUAGCGACCGCUGCCGCUCUCUACAGUUCCGACCCUGCAGCCGAUUUAAAGAAGGCAUCCAGUUCAAAUGCUGCAAAGUCCAGCCUACCAAAAUCUGGACUCCGUCCUCCUGGUUACUCGCGUCUCCCAGCAGCCAAGCUGGCGGCGUUUGGCUUCGUCCGGAGCUCCAGCGUGUCCUCGGUGUCCAGCACCCAGUCGGCGGACAGCGCCCAGCCGGAGCCUGGCCGGCUCUCCAACCGUUCAAACUUUGGGACCGAAGAGCAGCCGGCUCUGAAGGCAGCUCUGCCUUCCAAAGACCCACCCAAGGGGGCCAGCCGGGCCACCCCGCCCGCGUCCUCCAGUGUGACGGCGCCCCGCCGGAGUCUGCUGCCGGCGCCAAAAUCCACGUCCACACCCACUGGAACAAAGAAAGAAGCACAGAAAGAUCAAGAUGCUAAUAAACCUGCAGUUUCCUCUCCUAAGAGAAUAGCAGCUUCAACCACCAAGCUUCAUUCGCCAGGAUACCCCAAGCAGAGGACCACGGCCCCCCGCAAUGGUUUUCCCCCUAAGCCGGACCCGCAGGCCCGGGAGGCCGAGCGGCAGCUGGUGCAGCGGCUGAAGGAGCGGUGUGAGCAGCAGGCCCGGCAGCUCGGCCUCGUGCAGGGGGAGCUGAGCAGGGCCGUCCGCGGCUUCCAGGCGCUCGCCGUGUCCACGCAGCUUUUCUUCGGGAAGAGCGAAAGUGCCCUUGAGAAAGAAAAAGAGCUGUCGAUCGAACUUGCGAACAUCAGGGAUGAAGUUGCCUUCCACACGGCCAAGUGCGAGCAGCUGCAGAAGGAGAAGGAGGAGCUGGAGCGGCGCUGCGAGGACGAGGUGCGCAGGCUGGGCUGGCAGCAGCGGGCCGAGCUGCGGGAGCUGGAGCAGCGGCUGCAGCUGCAGUUCCAGGCGGAGGGGGCCCGGCUCCAGGACGAGCAUCGCGCGCAGCUGCUGCGGCUCGGGUGUCAGCACCAGGAGCAGGUGGAGGACAUCACCGCCAGCCACGAGGCUGCUCUCCUAGAGAUGGAAAACAGCCACACGGUUGCCAUCGCGAUCCUGCAGGAUGACCACGACCACAAGGUCCAAGAAUUGAUAUCUACCCACGAGCUUGAAAAGAAAGAAUUGGAAGAGAAUUUUGAAAAGCUGCGGCUGUCAUUACAGGACCAGGUGGACACACUGACCUUCCAGAGCCAGUCUCUGCGGGACCGAGCCAGACGCUUUGAGGAGGCCUUGAGGAGGAACACUGAAGAGCAGCUGGAGAUCGCGCUGGCUCCUUAUCAGCACUUGGAAGAAGACAUGAAGAGCCUGAGGCAGGUAUUAGAAAUGAAGAAUCAGCAAAUUCACCAGCAGGAAAAGAAGAUUAUGGAGCUGGAAAAGCUGGCAGAGAAGAACAUUAUCCUGGAAGAAAAGAUCCAGGUUCUCCAGCAGCAGAAUGAAGACCUCAAAGCCAGGAUCGACCAGAACACCGUUGUCACGAGACAGCUGUCGGAGGAAAACGCUAAUCUGCAGGAAUACGUGGAGAAAGAAACGCAAGAGAAGAAGAGAUUGAGCCGAACCAACGAAGAGCUGCUUUGGAAGCUCCAAACCGGGGACCCGACCAGCCCGGUUAAACUGUCCCCCACGUCCCCUAUUUACCGCGGCUCCUCCUCCGGGCCCUCCUCUCCCGCCAGAGUCAGCAUGACGCCAAGAUGACGCCACCACGCUGCGGGCGCAGCCCCGGCACCCGGUCCACGAGGGCUCCCACUUGCGGGGAGCAGGGACCACGGGCCGGCGGGGCUGGCCCGCGCGCGUGCGCAGUAGCUGCAGAGCUGCAUCCUCUGCGCGCAUGCCCCGUAGCUGCACAGCCGCAUCCUAGGCAGAGCCCUCUUCUGACCCUCGUGUAAGACUGUCCUGGUGUUGGCACUUAGGAAAGUGUAAACGGUAGCGUCUGGCGUGCAAAUGUUUGGCAGUAGUUAGAGCCAAAAGAAAGGAACACCCAUUGUUCUUGAGCGAUGAACUUUCACUGCAGAAUUUCAGGUUAGUUACAAAGAGCUCGGUUUUGAAUAUCCAUUGACUAAUCAUCCUGUACCGCACCGAUCUGUGUGUACAUUUAGAUACACGUAUAUACACAUGCAGCAGUUCUGAAUCGCAUUUUUUAUAACAUGAAGUGCUGACAUAUUUUGGUGAAGGUCAGCAGUUUUCUAACUUGUGCCUAAGAAUUAUUGGGAAACGAAAAUGCAUUUCUAUCUAGCUUCCCAGGAAUAUUUCUACCCAAAAUAGUAAAAGGAAAAAAAAAAAAAAAAAGAUACACAGAGAAGAAGCGCCUUUCAACCUACCACCACGUGGUACUCUGUUUAACACAAACACCAGCCAUUCGUGAACGGUAACUGCCUUUGGAACAAUCAGCUUCUUAGUCAAUAUGACGUGAGGUCACUGUCACUCCAUCUGCAAGUUUUAAUGAUUAACACUGUCGUGAGUGGAUAAGGGGCAGCCGUGGGAAACCCUGAGGGGUGAGCGGUUUUGCAGAUGGCACUCGUGACAGUGGAUCAUCUAUGGUCUUGUAGACACAAGUUUUGCUUUUUUCUUAAAUGGCAUUUGGAAUCUAUCCUUAAGCUACUGCAUCCUUGAGAAAACACGGAAGCCCAUGAUCUUAGAGAAGGAGGGUGAGAAUGACCUUGGAGUCGGCCCAGACCACGCACGCUCCAUCCUCAACAAGGAGAGCUGCUGCCAGGGUCUGUAUUGUGACGAAGCAGGGCAGGAGCACAUACUCUGGCAUCCUCUUCACUUCGCUCGGAUGUGAUGCUGAGAAUGGCCACCCCACUCAACCAUGACCCUCGGCUCCAUGUCAUUGUCCCCCCCACACACACCUUUCGUUUGGUUGUGAAACCCAACCUCAUCCCUGUACAUUGAGAUGCUCAGGGGCUCUAGCAGGGGCUUCCAGCAAACCAGUCCUCCUCAGUUCCAAGCCAUGCUACGUCAUCACGUGACUCCCAGAAACCCAGGUGUGUUUUCUGCUGGACGAUCAAGCAAGGCCACAGCAGACAGUGGUCCCACUUGGGGCCCAGGAGGUUCUUUCAGAAGAGCCCCGACUGAAACAGCCAGCCUAGCGCUGCUGGCUUCUGGACUGGCAUCUGUCGCUGAAACGGUAGCAUUAGAACGUGAGAGAUACUCCUGUAGUGCUGUGGACGAUUAGCAGCAUGACCCACGAAAGAAAGAAGUAGGUUCAACGUUGAUACGCUGAUGAUAACGAUGCCUCUGUCUACUGUGUGUGACAGAGCCCCUGCCCUUGUCUCCCGAAGGCCCCUGGAAAUGGUCCUGGGCACGGGGCUGCCUCCGGGCACACCCGAAGCAGGCGGACUCACUGAGGGAUGCCGCUUGGGCCAGAGCCAUGGGGCAGGGAAGAAAGGGCCCUCAGAAGGCGUCCGCGUGCCCAGAGCCUGGCCUGCUUGGGGAUGUGCGGCCUGCUCUGUGUUCCCCGAGUGACACACAGUUGGGCUUCCGGCCUGACAUGCAUCUCAUUUCUAGCCCAUCUCCAGGUCUCUGCCCACCCCGAGGACACACACAGGAGAUACCCAUUGACGAAACAUUUCCAUUUCCCGUUAGUGGCUCUGCAUGACGCUGUGACACUGAGCUGGGCAUUCCAUUAGAGUAGCUCAUGCCACACUGACGAAAUACACAGAUACUGAGUUCUUUCUGCAGGCACCACCUGCAGACACAGGUUCGGCAGUAGCUCAGCCUCCGGAUUAGGAACUGCUUCCGUAACGGCACCUGCUCAACGCGGUUACCCAGCAAUACAGAUUUCAGUGUGAUGUUAGCACGUGGUCCGGUGUGUUAGCCUCGUGCAGUCCGUCGUCGUGCUGUUAGAAUCCCUCACCAGGUGGACUCGACCUUGGCUCUGGCCAGCCCUGACCUUGGCUACUCGAGCUCCCUCCCGCACUGCCCUGGCUUCGUCUCCUCGUCACAGACGCCCGUCUUGUGUGGCUCCCAUCCCGGGACACACGAGGGGCAGCAGCCACGGCGCCCCUCACCCCGCACACCUUUGGGACCUGGACCCCUGGCGACGGGGACAUCUCCCUGGCGUCUGCCUCCCGGGCUGGAGCUGCUGCCACGCAGAGACGCGGCAGCCUCCCCCACCUGCCUCAGACACACGCAGCAAGCCUCACCAACCACUUCUUGGCGUGUGAGCCCCUGUUGGAGCCCGGCCGCCCCCAGCCCACCCCACACCCCAAGGAGGUUCCUGCGGGGGCGGGGGAGAGGCUGGAGGCCCACGCACUUGGGGAUGAUGUGAACGGGGUCCCUCGGUCCUUUUCGGGCCCCUCCGGUUUCUGUGUUGCCUAUCUGUGUUCGAAGCAUAUUAAAAUGAACUUGAGGGACCUUC